AUGAUUUGGGAUCCUUGCAAUAUUGGUUUCUCAUUAUUAGAAUCUCAUGACAGUUGGCUCAGUGGCAGAGUCACCAAUUUUAAACAUAAACUUGCCCUUCUUAUUAUCAAUGUUUAUGGACCAACACAGAAUGAGAACAAAAGAAGGGUUUGGAAGGAAAUUGAGGAAUUCAUAAGAAGAACCCAAGAACAGACUUGUAUCAUAGGAGGUGACUUCAAUUCUAUUACUAAUCAAUCUGAGAAACGAGGAGGCAAAGGCAAAACCUCUAGAGCUACUUUAGAUUUUGUAGAUUGGAUUCAUCGAAGUGGCUUGGUAGAGAUUAACAUGGUUAAGAAUGCCUUUACCUGGAAUAACAAAAGGUUAGGUUUUAGUAAUAUUGCAGAGAAAUUAGAUAGAUUCUUUAUAUCAGGCAAUCUCAUCAAUUUCCCAUAUACCUUACAAGCCUCAAUCUUACCCUUUUCGGGCUUGGAUCACUUCCCAAUUCAACUUAACAUUCUUUUGGACUCAGGACCUAGAAGAUGUCCUUUCAAAUUUGAACAAAUGUGGUUAAAAUAUGAUAAUAUUCUCAGGAUUUUAGAGGUUUGGUGGAAGGAAGCAGAGGUUUUUGGGUCCAGGAUAUUUAAGGUAGUCAAUAAGCUUAAGAUAAUCAAGCAAAAGCUCAUUAUAUGGAAUAGGGAACACUACGGGAAUAUAUUUGACAAGAAGUCACAGGUGGAAGCAGAGUUAAAGGAAGUAAAUAAAGCAGUUAUGUUGAGGGGGAUGGAUGAAGUUCUAUUUCUUAGAGAAAAGGAACUACUUCUUGAACAAGAAAACAUCUUGGCAAAAGAGGAGGUCUUUUGGAAACAAAAAUCUAGGGAAACUUGGAUGGAUGAGGGAGAUAAUAAUACUGAAUUCUUUCAUAAUAGUGUCAAACCAAGGAGAGUCAUUAAUAUAAUCUCUAAGAUUAAGACCAACAAUGGCUUAGAGGUGGAAGAUCCCAAGCUUAUCUCUAAGGAGGCAGUAGAUUUUUUUUCGAAUAUCCUCAACAUUGAUUUGAGCCCUUAUCGUUUAGAUCAAGAUAAGAUUAUGAAAUUUAUACCCAAAUUACUCAGUAAGGAACAUACCCAAGGUCUUACUGCAAAAUUCUCUUUAUCAAAAGUAGAAGCAGCUCUAAUGCAGAUGAAUCUAGAGAAAUCCCCUAGUCCGGAUGGCUUUCCGAUUGACUUUUUUUUUAGAAAUGCUAGUCCUUCAUAG